AUGCCUGAGCCCACAGUCAAAGCGCCCAAGAAGGGCUCCAAGAAAGCCGUCUCUAAGGUCGUCACCAAGACCGGCAAGAAGAGGCGCAAGUCCAGGAAGGAGAGCUACGCCAUCUACGUGUACAAGGUGAUGAAGCAGGUCCACCCCGAUACCGGCAUCUCCUCCAAGGCCAUGGGCAUCAUGAACUGCUUCGUGAACGACAUCUUUGAGCGCAUCGCCUGUGAGGCCGCUCGUCUGGCUCACUACAACAAGCGCUCCACCAUCACUUCCAGGGAGAUCCAGACCGCUGUCCGCCUGCUGCUGCCCGGCGAGCUGGCGAAGCACGCGGUGUCUGAGGGAACCAAGGCCGUGACCAAGUACACCAGCUCCAAGUAAACCUGCUGGAGACCACCACCUCAACGGCUCUUUUAAGAGCCACCCACCUCUUCUGAAGAUCAAUUCCUGAUGUGCACAGAAUAUGGAGUUUGAACCCACUGAGACAAAUACAUGAGUCCAGUGUUAUCGUUCUGUUCCAUUCCCACAAUCCGUUUU